AUGGACAAUGAUGAACCUCUUGAGCCUGAGACAAAAGAUGAACCUGAAACCAAGCCAGCAGCACGGAACAGUGACGAGACCUUCUACUGUGAGGCUGAGUCCUCUGUGGCUGUAGAAAAAGAGAAGCCAGGCGGGGAGAGCUCAGAAACAGACCUGGAGAUCGAAGAUACGGAGAAACUUUUCACCACCGGACAAAGGGAGCUGUACCUGGAGGCCUGCAAACUGGUGGGUGUAGUGCCCGUCUCCUACUUUAUCCGGAACAUGGAGGAGUCCUACGUGAACCUCAACCACCAUGGGCUGGGACCCAGUGGUACCAAGGCUAUUGCCAUAGCCCUGGUGUCCAACACGAGUGUUGUCACCCUGGAGCUGGCAGACAACUGUAUCAUGGAGGAGGGCACCUUGAGCCUGGUGCAGAUGCUGCAAGAGAACUACUACCUGCAAGACUUGAAUGUUUCCAACAAUGAUCUUGGCUUGAAGGGGGCCAGCACCAUCUCAGAAUUUCUUCAGAGAAAUACCUCUUCGCUCUUGAACCUCCAGCUUUCAGGAAAUAACUUCAAGGACGAAUCCGCAGAGCUGUUCUGCCAAGCCUUCUCGGCCAAUUACCGAAUUAAGACACUGGAUCUCAGCCACAACGAGUUCUCUGAUAAGGGAGGAGAACACUUGGGGCAGAUGCUGGCCCUCAAUAUAGGACUCCAGUCACUGGAUCUGAGCUGGAAUCAGUUCCACACACGGGGAGCUGUGGCCUUGUGCAAUGGUCUCCGGGCUAAUGUAACCCUGCAGAAACUGGAUCUCUCUAUGAACGGCUUUGGGAACGAGGGGGCUACGGCCCUGGGAGAGGUCCUCAGGCUCAACAACUCCCUGGUCCACAUAGACGUCAGCAGCAAUGACAUCAGCAACGAAGGAGUCAUCAAAAUCAGCAAAGGACUGGAGUUCAAUGAGAGCCUCAAAGUUCUGAAGCUUUUCCUGAACCCUGUGAGUAUGGAUGGGGCUACGUUACUUAUCCUGUCCAUCAAGAGGAACCCCAAAUCCAAGAUGGAGGAGAUUGACAUUUCUAAUGUGCUGGUGUCUGAGCAGUUCGUAAAAAUAUUGGAUGGGGUGUGUGCCAUCCACCCCCAGCUGGACGUGACGUACAAGGCAGUGCAAGGCUUCUCUGCCAAGAAAGAGCUGCUCUUGUGGACAAACCCCAUGAAACUGAUCCAGAGCUAUGCAGACCAGCACCAAAUCACGGUCAUAGACUUCUUCAAGAGCUUGAACCCUAAUGGAAGAAUGAUGAUGUCUGUGGGUGACUUCCGGAAAGCUAUGAUACAGCAGGACAAGGUCCCUAUGAACCCGUACCAAGUCAGGGAGCUGAUAAAGAAGCUGGCUGAGAAGACAGGCAUGGUGAACUUCAGCUGCUGGUGUCUGGGUGGAACCCUGAGGAUUAUGAAGCCAGGGGGUAUCAAAAAUUGUGGACUAUGUUAUGGAUCAAUAAAAACAGCAAAGUUUUCUCCAGAUGCUUUUAAUGCAUCUCUUGCAUAA